AUGGCAAACGAGGAGAAGAUAACCAUCCUUGGUGGUCAUGCGAAGCAAAAGCCUCCGCCGUCGCCGUGGAGGGCCUACUGGCGACUUCUGACAUAUGCCAGCCCUUUUGACCUUGGAUUGCGACUAUGUGGCAUUGCCGCCGCGGCAGCAGCAGGGUCGGCUUUGCCAUUGAUGACCAUUAUACUUGGGGGUUUCGUGCAGGAUUUCAAUGACUUUAACCUGAGACUGAUAGAGCCUGCCAAGUUCCGGCAUGCCGUCAAUAAGAAUACGCUGUGGCUGGUGUAUCUUUUCGUUGGCAAGCUUCUAACAUCCUACGCUGGGACGGUUCUGCAUUGCAUUACUGCUUCUAGCAUCACACGCAGAGUCCGCCUACGAUACUUGGAGACAGUCUUGCGUCAACCCAUCUCCUAUUUCGAUUGCCACACAGCAGGGUCGGUCGCCUCAAGUCUGUCAGCAGACACAAAUCUUAUUGAAGUCGGCCUUGCAGAGAAAGUUGCCGUUGCCGUUGAAUCCAUCUCGAUGCUCUGUACUGCAUUCGUUAUUGCCUUUGCUAAAUCCUGGAGGCUGACAGUUGUGGCCGCAACAAUCAUUCCGUACAUGAUUUUUACAACCGGACUCCUUUCGUUUUUAAACACUAGGCUUGAGAAGAAAAAGCGGGCUACCUACCUUGUAGCAUCGGGUAUGGUUGAAGAAUGGCUGGGCAGUGUUUCGACCGUGACUGCUCUUGGCGCAGCGGAGAAGGUUGCAGCGCGCUAUAGGGAAGUCAUCAAAGAAUGCAAAACCCUUGGUAUCAAAAUGGGCCCACUGGAAGCAGGUAUGUUUGGAAACAUGUGGUUUGCCAUGCACAGUGGAUACGCCCUUGCACUUUACUAUGGCAUCAGGCUGCUCAAUCGCCACCAGAUACAUGAUGGUGGCACUCUUAUGACGGUACUGUUCUCUGUUGUCAUCGGAAGUUCAUCUAUGGGCUUGGUCGCCCCUUCUCUGCCUAGUUUUAUGAAGGCGGCAUCAUCUGCACAGCAGGUUCUGAAGGUGUUGGAUGACGCUAAAUCCCCAGACAGCGGGUCAGCUCGUGCACAUAAACUGGUCCCUGCAACAGUCUAUGGACGGUUAAGCCUGAAGAAUAUAUCAUUUUCCUAUCCGGCGAGGCCGACAGUUAGGGUACUGGACAAACUCAGUAUCGAAAUACCCGAAAAUCAAUUGACCGCGGUCAUUGGCCCGAGUGGAUGUGGUAAAAGUACCAUCGUCGGACUUCUCGAGAGAUGGUACGAUCCCGAUGCCGGAUCAAUACAUCUCGAUGGCGCAAACAUACAAGAAUUAGAUCGGGAUUGGUUAAGGGGUAAUAUUGGUCUAGUGCAACAGGAGCCAAUGCUUUUCAACGACUCGAUAUAUGAGAAUAUCUUGAAUGGAUUGACCACGGUAAGGGCGGAAGAACUACGAGAAACCGAGAAGCGUCAAUUAGUCAUUGAAGCUUGCAUCACAGCGGACGCACAUGACUUCAUAGCAGAACUUCCAGAGGGAUACGACACAAGGGUGGGCGAGCGCUCGGAGUUUCUGAGCGGAGGCCAAAAACAGAGGAUUGCAAUAGCCCGCAGCAUUAUUUCCAACCCCCAAAUCCUCCUUCUUGACGAAGCAACCUCUGCACUUGAUCUGGAUUCGGAGCGAGCAGUACAACAAGCGCUUGCGAAAGCUUCCCGCGGGCGAACGACGUUGAUGAUUGCUCACAAGUUGUCAACUAUCGAGCAUGCCGACACCAUUAUUGUGAUGGAGGGAGGUCGCGUUGCUGAACAAGGAACGCACGGUUCCCUUGUGGCUGCCGGUGGUCUUUACGCUCGUCUGCUCCGUGCGAAAGACGUUGUAGGUAACAAGGCCAUCAAAAACCCCAGUGCAUUGAAAGUGGUUCGAGAGGAAAUUUCAACAUCACCCCAGAAAUCGACUCCAGCCAAGGGCCUUUCGAAACGAGCCGAGGAUUUCAAGGACGCGACAGGUCUGGAAUCCAAAACGAUCAGCCGCAAGUUAUCCAUGAUAAAAUGCCUGUAUGUCAUUCUAUCAGAGCAGAGGAAGAUUGUGCCUUUCUUCAUUGGUGGUUUGGUUGGCGGUACGAUUGCCGGUUGCAUGAUGCCCGUUCAAGCAUUUCUAUUUUCUAGACUCGCAACUAUUUUCCAAUUCCAAGGCUCAACGCUCACUGCGAAAGCUGAUUUCUGGGCUCUCAUGUUCUUUAUCCUCGGCCUCGCACAGCUAGCAACCUAUAGUCUUACGUGGUUUCUGUUCUCGGUAGCUGGCGCCAUAAGCUCUCUGAAGUACCGGGCCGAAUAUCUACGAGGUCUACUCAUUCAGGACAUUUCCUUCUUCGAAGCAACGGGGACUUCCUCUGGUGGCUUAACUGCUUUACUUGGCUUAGACGGCGAGGAGAUGGACCUGAUGAUCAGCCUGAAUCUUGGCCUAGUCAUUAUGUUCUUGAUUGACUUGAUUUCGAACUCAGUCCUGGCGCUUGCUAUAUACUGGAAACUGGCGCUGGUAGGUGUAUUCAUCUGUAUACCUGUCCUGCUUGUUUCAGGCUACCUUCGCAUGCGCCUCGAUCGAGAGGGUCAGGACCGAGCUGCGAAGUUCUUCAUAGAAAGCGCUCGCUUUAGCUCCGAAGCAGUCGGAGCUAUUCGAACGAUUGUGUCGAUGACAAUGGAAUCCAAGGUCAACGACCGGUACGCCACCCGGUUGAAAACGGCGGCUGCAAGCUCCCUGAAGCGAACUAUGAUGUCGAUGUUACUUUUCUCACUUGCAGACUCCUUAGACUUACUCGCCAUGUCGCUCGUGUUCUGGUACGGUGGAAGACUUGUCUCACAGCACCAAUUGGGUGUUUCAGCGUACUUCAUUGUCUAUGGGGCCGUUAUUUUCGGUGGACAGUCUGCUGGGUUCGUCAUCGGAUACACAGCGAGCAUCACAAAAGCUCAUGCUUCCAUGAACCGUAUGCUUUAUAUGAAGCAGAAAAAACCAGCGAUCAAUCUUCAAACAGGCCAGGACCCAUGCAAGCUGGUGAAUUCAACUGGCAUUGCCAUUGAGUUCAAGCAUGUCAAUUUCCGCUAUCCUGCUAGGCCAAACGUCGAAAUCCUUCGCGAUUUGAAUUUCAAGGUCCAGCGUGGUGAAAAGGUCUGUCUGACAGGUCCCAGUGGAUGCGGUAAAUCCACUGUCAUCUCGCUCAUCGAGCGUUUCUAUGAUGUGACAGGAGGCGAGAUACUCUUCAAGGGAACCAACAUCCGCUCCCUCAAUAUCAGAGCGUACCGAUCAAUCUUCGGGUUUGUAUCGCAAGAGACCAGCCUUUACCAGGGCACAUUGCGCGACAAUCUCAUCUUGGGUGUUUUUGAUUGCGCUACCAUCACCGAUGAACAACUGGACGCGGCUUGCCGCGACGCGAACAUCUACGAUUUCAUCGUUUCAUUACCGGGCGGCUAUGACACCGAGUGUGGGCCCCACGGCCAAGCAUUCAGUGGCGGCCAGAGGCAGCGGAUUGCAAUCGCACGCGCUCUGCUACGGAAUCCGGAGAUCUUACUUCUAGACGAAGCAACAAGUGCGUUGGAUCCUGAGAAUGAAUUGCUCGUGAGAAAUGCGUUGGACCGGGCCGCUACAAGCGGAGAGAGGACUAUCAUCAAUAUUUCACAUCGGUUAGAGACGAUGAAGGCGGCAGAGAAGAUCUUCGUCAUCGAUAAGGGUGAAGUGGCGGAGGAAGGCUCGUUUGAAGAGCUGAUGGAGCGCAAGGGCGUUCUUUGGGAGAUGAUGAUUCAAGGCGAUUUGACUUAG